GUUAGUUUCCACCACUAUUGACCCAAAACGCUUCUCUCUCUAAGUUUCGGGGACAUGGAGGUAGUUCAUUCUGACCCGGCCCAUGAUCCGGAAACCCGAUACGAUCCACGCUGCUGCUCCUGCUUCCCCAGCUUCCGAUCGAGAAGCUCAACCGCCCUGGGAUACUCCUCCUGGGGACGAAUCCGCACCGCCGACGAUAACAACAAUCACGGCCCCGACGAGCCGCGGUGGUGGAAACGCGCGGCUCUGAAGGUCCGAGAGUGGUCGGAGAUCGCGGCCGGUCCGCGGUGGAAGACGUUCAUCCGGCGGUUCAACCGCGAUCCGCGGCGGGGACGCGACUGGGACGCGGGGGAGAAGUUUCAGUACGAUCCGUUGAGCUACGCUCUGAACUUCGACGACGACGACGAGGACGAGUACGUCGGGUUGGGAGGAUUCAGAAGCUUCUCGACGCGAUACGCUGCCGUUCCGGUGCAGUCAGGGAAGGCUCCGGCGGUUUCUCCGUCUGCGUUGACGCCGCGUAAGGAGAUAACGGAGAGUUAGUGGGCGCGUGUGGCAAACGCGUAUGCGCGUGGUGGAAAAGCUGUCAAAAUGGUUGACUGUUUACGUUUUUUUUUGUUUCCUUUUUGUUUUGUGAUAAUUAAGAAUACGAUCAACUCUCAAUUAUUUAUUUAUUAUCAUUGAUUUUUUUUGUUUUGUUUUAAGACGUUUUCUGGCGAUAUAAUGAUGUAAAUUAGCUGUACAGCAUAUAAUGUGGAGAAGUAAUGUUUAAGUUAAUUAUAUGAUUAGUUGCUUGGCAUGA